AUGAUGUCAUUUCCAGCGUUAUUGCGCAUGAGAUGCGGAGAACCCAAGUUCCACCACUUGGCACUUGGUAGCACCUUGUCGCUCCGAGUCUUGAGCCGAAGGUUCUCCUCUAGCCAGGAGGCGAAGGCCAACGAGUUAUUCGCACAUACAACUGGUCGUUGGCUCGUAAAUGAGGAGAUCACCUGGCAGUUCCCUCUCGCCAAUGUCCUCGCCAAUCUCGAGCGUGUUGUGGUACGCGUCGUGGCAGACGGGCCUGGCGAACUCCGUGAACUUCUAGUAGAAAUCAUGGAGAGAUGGGAUGAUGUUGUGAGCCACUCCGGGAAGCCGGCUGGGUACCCCUGUCCUAUCGACUUCUCCGCUGAGGAGGUGCAAGCUAUCAAGAGAGAAACGGAUGCUAGAGCCAGGUAUGACCGCACUGUAGCGCAGUUGUGCGAUGAGUUUGCUUUCGACUACGAUGGUCGUCUAGAGUCCCUGCCGCCCAUGGACAAUUCCGACGAUAGUCGCACUCAGCCAGGUGCCUGUCGCCUACUUCGCCUUCCCCAUGAGAUCCUCAUCAAGGUCAUGAAGCAUCUCGAGUGGAGGGAUGUCUUGGUUAUUCGUUGCUGCUCCCGUUUCUUCAACUUCUUUUCGAAAGAACGUGAAAUCUGGGUUUCUAUACUCGAGAGCGACCUCGACACGAGGAUUCCUAGGCCAUUUUACCUCCCCAAACCUUUAGAACAUUGCUCUUCGGAAGAUUUGGAGAAGAGAGUGGUAGAUUGGUGGUCUGGGUGGGCAAGAUUCGGCAGGAACUCGUCCAAGGCAGCGGUCGAUGAGCAAGGCGUUCCGAGUCCUUCCCCCGACAGCCCAAAGAAUUCACGCUUUGACAACGAAACGGGCCUUUUUCUCGAGACACAAACUUACGCCUUCAACGAAAAAGGCAUUUCUGGCCUUUGGGGCCCCAUUCUAGCACUCCCCGGCAAUCAGCACUUCCUCUAUGCAUCGCCGGACGGGACGGUUCUCUACGCUGACCCACGCCAGCCAGAGCUAGGCAUGCACAUACUCCUCCCCUCGCCAUUUGCGGGAACAGCCGAGUGGGUAACUAUUUCCGCGUCCAUCGACGUUCUGGGCGGAGCAGGGGUGGACGACCGCCGAGACAACAUUGUGCCUGCCGCCGUGGAACGGGAUCCAGCCUUGCACGAAUCAACAUUUCCCAGAGCCUUUCGUUUAGCCGUCGCACGUCAACUGACCGAAGAUGAUGACGAACUUGGCGGCGGACCCGCUGGUGUUGUCGAAAUCUGGGAAAUAUGUUCUCAGAUCACAGAUGAUACCGGUAUGUUGACUGGGUACUCGGGCAGGCUGCUCAAAAGGAUUACGGAGGAUCAUGGGGUUGGUAUCAAAUCUUGCUCGAUUAUGGGCAAGUAUGUCGCCUACGGGGCGUACUCGUCCACAGGAUCCUUUGCUGCUAUCGUCGAUUGGGCUUCUAUCCCGGAGACCGACAGCGAGGUAUCCGAUCGCACGCACAACGGUUCAGACCGCCCCGGAUCCUUUACUCGCACAUACAUCCCCUCUGUUCGCGUAGAGAACCUCCGCCUCCUCCCCUACAGGAAGAUCCUCAUCCAGUCCGUUCCCAUCCUUUCCAUCUGGGACUGGGGCCGCACCUGCCCCAGCACAACCUCCGCCAACGAAGCCGCACAAGAAUCUUUCAUCCCUCCUCAAUGGAAAUGGGCCUACCAGCAACGACGCUUUCGACCUUUGCACCCCUUCACCACACCGUUUAUCAUGCGCGGUUGUACGCGGCUCAUCCUACCCUCCGGAGACCACGUCAUUGGGUUGACCAUCCGUCCAACCGACGAGUGCGAGUCCAACCCGGCUGGAGUCACCACAACGCUUCUCCAAACGGACGCCCUCCACAAUGAGAGCCCGCGAUAUGACUGCUGGUUCGGUUACACCAAGGGGAUAUCUCGGAGACUCGUAGGACUCCGUGAUGCUAGUGGAAUACUUUGA